AUGGCUGGGUUUCCUCCAAAUCUGAAUGAUGGUGAACGAUGGCUUCCCUCAGACAUUUUCCUCAACGAAGUAGCCAACUCAACCUCCAAACUUAACCCCCACCAUUUUCUUUCCAUGGACGAGCUCGCCCAACACUUGGCUGCUCUUUCUUUCCUCAGACAACGUCAAUGCCUUUCAAAAUCUCUGCUACAUAUACCCAUGGAGCCGUUCAGACCGCCGGUUCAGUACAACCAGCUUGGUUCUCUGCCUCAGAGGUCUCUUAAUCUCAGCCUCAGUCAUGGUCUUGAAGAGAAAGGUGCAAGCUUUCAUGGGUAUGGGGCUGAACUCCAUUACCACAAUCAGUUUCUGAAACCGGCGCAACUUCAGGUCUGUAGCUUUCUGGAAACUAGGAAGAGGGUUUUGAAUAGACAGCAAAACCGUCUUUGGACGUAUCAGGGAAGUGGGAUUGGAUCAAUGGGUGGUUUUGAGAGGGUUUCUGGAGGCACAGGUGUGUUUCAUCCCAGGGUUUUGAAUACCACAACCACCACCAGUAAUCCUCAGGUCAAAAAGAAACAGGGGUUGAGAAAUAUCCAGCAGAUUAAAGCCACCCAGCAAAGGAAACCUAUCGAAAGCGUGGGCAUGGGCAGAGGGGAUUGCUAUAACCAGCUUCGUUCUGAUGUUCGUUUGCCCCAAGAAUGGACUUACUGA